AUGGCCCAAGAGACUAACCCGAGCCUGACGCCUGUGCUUUGUGCCACUGGCUGUGGUUUCUAUGGAAACCCCAGGAACAACGGCAUGUGCUCGGUCUGCUACAAGGAGCACCUGAACCGUCAGCAGAGUAGUGACCACGGCUUGAGCCAACUUAGCCCAAUAGGUAAGUUCCUCCUCACCCUGUUUCUUACUCACAACACAAAUCUACUCCAAACAUCUACUCCGCUAUAUGUUGUCUGCUAAAAUUAGCAUACACGUUAUGGGCCAGCUGCACUGUUGAGAGGAAACUGUUGAACCAAAAAGUAUCUUCUCCCAUCUGAGGUUGAUGUUUUACUUUUGCUGUAUCACAUGAACAGUUGGUAGUCCUACCCCUGAUGCCUCAGCCAUCCAGCGACUAGAGGCCAGUCUAGCCAAAGUAGACCCUUCAUCUGGCUCUGCUGCAGACAUGGCUGGGUAAGGUGUGUGUGUCCGCAUGUGAUACAAUGGAUGUGUUAUUACUUUUUUUUCUCUCUCAUAUCUCUAACUUAUUUUUCUUUAAAUCGCCUCCUCUGCAGAACUAUUCAAGGCUCUCUUCCAGUGACUCAACAAAUGACAGAGAUGAGCAUCUCAAGAGAGGAUAAAGCAGAUCCCCUAGAGCCUGGUAAAACACACACUUCUAGAGGGACACAUUGCUCUGUUCGACCCACUUUAGCAUUAGCGUAUACACGGAGUGUACAAAACAUUAACAAACCUUCCUAAUAUUGAGUAGCCCCCCCCCCCACCCGUUUGCCCUCAGAACAGCCUCAAUUUGUCUGGGCAUGGACCAUACAAGGUGUCAAAAGCGUUCCACAGGGAUGCUGGCCCGUGUUCACUCUAACGCUUUCCACAGUUGUGUCAACUUGGCUGGAUGUCCUUUGGGUGGUGGAUCACCUACUACCAUAGCCCGUUCAAAGGCACUUAAAUAUUUUGUCUUGCCCAUUCACCCUCUGAAUGGCACACAUACACAAUCCAUGUCUCAAGGCUUAAAAAUAUUUUUUCCACCUGUCUCCUCCCCUUCAUCUAAACUGAUUUGAAGUGGAUUUAACAAGUGACAUCAAUAAGGGAUCAUAGCUUUCACCUGGUCAGUUUUUCAUGGAAAAAGCAGGUGUUCAUAAUGUUUUGUACACUCUGUGUAUUUAGCUGCACCCUGACUUAAAGUCCUUGUAUGUGAGUACUAAAACUGCCUCAGAAAAAAACACAGUAACACUUUUAUUUGAAUCUCCAGACUGAAAGAAGCGUAUAUUUAACAGUACUUUUCUGUUUUCUCCUUUAGUCGUGACUCAGCCUACUGCUUCUAGCCCUGCCACUGCCAGCGGUGACAAGGCUAAGGGAGACACCCCCAAUCCCAAGAAGAAUAGGUGCUUCAUGUGCCGCAAGAAGGUGGGCCUAACAGGUGAGCAUGCCAUAGCAGAAUGUGGUGCUUUUCCAAAGAAAUGGGAUGACAGGAUUGCGCAUUGUGUACGACGUAAUGUCAUUUUUGCUGAAGAGAUUGGCCAUGGUCCAGACCGCAUACACUGCAGUCACACAAAUUGACAAUAUUAAUGGGGUUCCUGCAAUGUAAAACACUACUUCCACAUUUGUGAUGGUCUCAGAUCUUUACUAAUGUAUAAGUAGUGUCUUAACGUGGCAGGAACCCCAUCAAUAUCACUUAUUGAUCUAAUAAUCUGCACAAGACAACUGCAAUGUAGGCAAUUUGGAAUGUAACUGUAUUAUUCCUGUGUGUCUGGUCUUAUUAACAGAGGUGAAUUGUUAUUGAGUUGGUGUUUGAUUCCUACAGUGGUUCCCUUCUAAUCUCUGACCUUUGAACUCUACCCCAGGGUUCGACUGUCGCUGUGGGAACCUGUUCUGCGGUCUCCAUCGGUACUCCGACAAGCACAACUGUCCUUACGACUACAAGGCGGAGGCAGCUGCCAAGAUCCGCAAGGAGAACCCUGUUGUGGUCGCUGACAAGAUUCAGAGAAUAUAG